UUACCCCCCCCCGGUCUCCUCACAGACCUGAGGCCACGCCCCCAAGCCACGCCCACCAUCACGGCGGGGGGGGCCGCGCGUUUGGGCUGUACCAAGGCGGCUUGGGGGGGGGGGUGGGGGGGGCAGGAUUUGGGCGGGCUCAAGCUAUUUUGGGGGGACCCCACCCCCCCAGAAGUUUUGGGGGUACAAAGGUAUUUGGGGGGGUGUCGUGGUGUGUGUAUGUGUGUGUGUGUGUGUGUCCCAAAAAUAAAAGGGCUCCGCCAUGGACCGGAUGAAGAAGAUCAAGCGGCAGCUGUCGAUGACGCUGAGGGGGGGCCGCACCCCCGAAAAAAACCUGGGAGAACCCCGCGACGGACACGGCAGCGACAGCGAGGCAGGGGCGGAGGAGGGGCGGAUGGGUUCGGAUGGGGAGAGCGACCCCCCCUCGGGGACGUCCUCGGAGGAGGUGGCCUCCCCCGUCCGCCUGCGCCUGCGCCAGCACCCCCCUCGUCCCGGCUCCUCCGAGGACAUCACCAAGCGCCUGUCGCUGCCGGCCGACACCCGCCUGCCCGAGGGCGGCCUGUCCGGGGCCCUCAGCCGCCGCCUGCGCCGCGUCUCCCUGUCAGAGAUCGGCUUCGGGAAACUGGAGACCUACGUUAAACUGGACAAACUGGGAGAGGGCACCUACGCCACCGUGUACAAGGGCCGGAGCAAACUGACGGAGAACCUGGUGGCCCUGAAGGAGAUCCGCCUGGAGCACGAGGAGGGGGCCCCUUGCACGGCCAUCCGCGAGGUGUCGCUGCUGCGGGACCUGAAACACGCCAACGUGGUGACGCUGCACGACAUCGUGCACACGCCCCAGUGCCUCACCCUCGUCUUCGAGUACCUGGACCGGGACCUCAAGCAGUACCUGGACGACUGCGGCAGCGUCAUCAGCAUGCACAACGUCAAGCUGUUCCUGUUCCAGCUGCUGCGGGGCCUGGCCUUCUGCCACCGGCACAAGGUGCUGCACCGCGACCUCAAGCCCCAAAACCUCCUGCUCAGCCGACGGGGGGACCUCAAACUCGCCGAUUUUGGCCUGGCCCGGGCUAAAUCCAUCCCGACGAAGACGUACUCUAACGAGGUGGUGACGCUCUGGUACCGCCCCCCCGACAUCCUGCUGGGCUCCACCGAGUACUCCACCCAGAUCGACAUGUGGGGCGUGGGCUGCAUCUUCUCGGAGAUGGUGACGGGGCGGCCGCUGUUCCCCGGCUCCACCGUGGAGGAGCAGCUGCACUUCAUCUUCCGCCUCCUCGGGACCCCGACGGAGGAGACGUGGCCGGGGAUCGGGGCCAACGCCGAAUUCCGGGCCCACAAGUACCCGCCGUACCCCCCUGAGGGGCUGCUGCACCACGCCCCACGGCUGGACCACGAUGGCGCCGACCUGCUGGGGCAGCUGCUGCAGUUCGAGGGGCGGAGACGGCUGCCGGCGGCGGAGGCGAUGGCCCACCCCUUCUUCGCCUGCCUGGGGCCCCGCGUCACCACCCUGCCCGACACCACCUCCAUCUUUGCGCUGAAGGAGAUCCAGCUGCAGAAGGAGCCGGGGCUGCGCUCGGCCUCCCUGCCCCCCCCAGGUUCUUCCGCUUUUCGGGUGCUCGACACCGAAUUCUGAUGCUGGGCAGCCUUUCCUCUCCCCCACAGCUCACGGACUGCUGCUGCGAGCCCCCCCAAGGAUGCCCCAAAAUUGGGGGGGGAACCCCCAAAACGGGGGGGGGGUCGGAGCCCCACAAAACUGAAGGGGUCACCCCAAAACUACGGGGGGGGCCCCCUCGAACUGUAACUAUGAGGCACCCCCCCCCAUAUCUCCCCCCCCCCCCCGAAGAGCCGCUGCUGGAUUUCGGGUGCUCACGUGGGACCCCUCCAUAGUGAGGGGGGGCCCCCCCUAUUUUUGGGGGGGAGUUCCCUCGAUUUUGGGGUGCCCCCCACCCCCAGUUUACUUCGAGUUUUAUUUUUUCAAGGCAAUACUAUAAAUAAGAGUCUAUAUCGGCCCCUCCCCCCCGAGGGGGCGGGGCUUAGCGAGGGGCGGGGCUACCUGGGGGGGCGGUAGGUGCCCUUCUGAGCUUACUCCUAGGUUACUCGCGGUUUUCUCUGGGGUUACUCCGGGGUUACUCGGGGCUUACUUGGGCUUUCUGCAGCUCCCUGGGGUUGCGGGGGGGGGUUCCACCGGGGACAGAGGGAGCUUACUCCGAGGUUACUCCCACUUUACUCCAGAUUUCCUCCAGGGUUACUCAGGCCCAACUCCCCCUUUAGUCUAAGGCAGCUCAGGCCCAGCUCUGCAGCUGCUCCUGCCCUACUCCAGCCUUACUUCACAGGUACUUCAGCCCCUACUCGCUUGCUUCUCUAGCUCCUACUCCUUGGUUACUUGGACACUACUCAGCUGGAGGCUGCACUCUCCACCCUAAUCCUGGGUUGCUCGUGGAGGUCUUUAUUCUGAGUUUACUCAGCCCUUAUGUUGAAGAUACUUGGUACUUUACUCCUAGUCAGAACUUACCCUAGGGUUACUCAUGGGGGGGGGUGUGUCCUUACUCUGGGUUUCCUCAGCUCUUAUUUUGGGGUUGUUUGGUACUUUAUUGCUACUCACACCUUA